ACAGCCUAAACCAAAGUACCAAAUCUUCAGAUAUCUCAUUGCUCAUUGUUAAUAACCUCCCCUGUUUCCUGAUUCAAAUGGCUGCUGCUUCUUCUUCUUCUUCUUCCCAGACCAGAAAGGGUUGCCAAGUCUUUCUGAGUUUCAGAGGCGCUGACGUCCGCAACAGCUUCCUCAGCCAUCUCUACAAAGAUCUUGACCGGUCAGGCAUAUACACUUACAUUGACAGCGAAGAACUGAGGAUGGGAGAGGAGAUAUCAUCCACGCUUAUGAAGGCGAUCGAGGAGUCGCGGAUUGCCAUUGUUGUUUUCUCUGAAGACUAUGCUUCCUCGACAUGGUGUUUGGAAGAGGUGGCGAAAAUCAUGGACUGCAAGGUGAAGAAUGACCUGAUUGUGUUUCCGGUGUUUUACAAGAUGGAACCCAGAGAAGUGAGAACACCGAGAGACGAGCAGAGUUAUGCAAAAGCUAUGGCUGACCAUGAGAAAAAGUUCGGGAAGGAUUCAGAGAAAGUGAAGAUAUGGAAGAAAGCUCUUUUCGACGCUGCUAACCUGUCUGGGCGAGAGUUUACCGUGAAGGAAAAUGUACCUGAAGCAAGGCUUAUUCAAGAGAUCGUAGCAGAGACCAUGACUCAACUAGCCCGAGCACCACUAGAUGUAGCCGAGUUUCCGACUGGGAUAGAUUCCCGAGCAGAAGAGGUUAAAGCAAAAUUAAAAUUACAGUCCAAGGAUGAUGUUCUUAUGGUAGGAUUAUGUGGACAAGGAGGGAUAGGGAAGACAACCCUUGCUAAAGCCAUCUAUAAUGCUAUUUUUAGAGACUUCCAAGGUUCUUGUUUCUUAGAACGUGUCAGAGAAAAUUCCAAAAAUCUCGAUGGUUUGGUUCAUUUGCAAGAACAAUUGCUAUCGCAAGUAUUACUGGGGAAGAAUAUAGAAAGAGUCUUUGGCGUUGAUAGAGGACGUCAAUUGAUUGAAGAAAGACUAUGUAAAAAGAGAGUCCUUGUUAUUCUUGAUGAUGUCGAUAAUUCAGACCAGUUAAGUGCUUUAGCCCGAAGUUGUGAGUGGUUUGGUAAAGGAAGUAGGAUAAUUGUUACAACAAGAGAUACGCAGGUGCUAACUUCUCAAGGGUUACCGCAUCACCCGUAUCCUGUUAAAGUUCUCAACGAUGAUGAAGCUCUUAAACUUUUUAGGAAUUAUGCUUUUCGAGGAAAUCAAGAAACAGAAAUAAGCAGCACAUCGGUUGAUGGGGUUUUGAAGUAUGCCCAAUGCCUUCCUUUAGCUCUUAAGGUGUUGGGUUCUUUCUUGUGUCAUAGAGGAGAAUCUGAAUGGCAAGAUACCCUCGAACAACUUGCCAAAAUUCCUAAGAAAGAAAUCAGUGAAGUGUUAAAGGUAAGUUAUGAUGGAUUGGAAGGCAAUGAAAAGGAGAUUUUUCUUGACAUUGUCUGUUACUUCAAAGGGCGAAGUACAAAGUACAUUAAGAAAGUUCUUAAUAGUUGCGGCUUUAACACAACUAUUGGGGUACGAAUUCUCAUUGAGCGCUCCUUGAUUAGUGAAGAGGGAGAGACCCUACAAAUGCAUGACUCAAUACAAUCAAUGGGCAUGGAAAUUGUACGAGAAGGAUGUCAUAAUGAUCCUGGAAAAUACAGUAGAUUAUGGCUUCAGGAGGAUGUUUUUGAGGUUAUAUCAAGAGAAGAGGGAACAGAGCAUGCAGAAGCCAUAUUUCUAGAGCUACAAGAGCCAGAAGAGGCAUAUUUUAGCCCUGAGGCUUUCAAGAAAAUGCAGAAGUUGAGGUUGCUCGUCCUGGUUAAUGUGGAUAAAGACAAUUCUUCCCCAGAUUCCAUCCAUCUCCCUAAGGCGUUAAUGUGGUGUCAAUGGCCUAAUUGUCCCUUGGUUCCAGAAUUCAGCAAGGGUCCAAAGAAGUUAGUUGGACUUGAUAUGCGGAAGAGCAAGAUUAAGGUGCCGGAACAAUUUAAGGACUUUAAAAAAUUGAAGUUCAUAAACUACAGUGAAUGCGAGUCACUGAUUCAUAUGCCGGACCUCAAAUGUAUUCCAGAUCUAGAGGAAUUGGAUCUCCAUGGGUGCAAAAACUUGGAGCAUGCCCACGAAUCACUUGCAGAUCACAACAAUUUACAGUUGUUGAAUUUAAGUGGGUGCUCUAAACUUCAUGAUUUCCCCAAAAUGCUCCGGUCCAAGAAGCUUCAACUUCUCAAUCUUAAUCUUUGCUCAAAAUUGGAAAGCUUCCCUGAAAUUCCAGAUAAAAUGGAAGGUUUGCGAGGACUUUAUUUAAUUGGGACUUCAAUUGAGAAACUUCCCAAGUCCAUAGAAAAUCUUGUUUCCUUGGAGGAAAUGGAUUUAAGGUAUUGCACGAAACUGAGAAUCCUUCCAUCUAGCAUUUAUAGGUUCCAAAAUCUGGAAAGGCUGAUACUUGAAGGUUGCUCAGGACUAGUCGAGUUUCCAAAGAAUGGGGAGGAUCCGAAGGAUCCCCAUACGAAGACAGGAUUUCCUAAGUUAUAUGUUUUAAACCUUCGUGGAUGCAAUCUAUCAAAAGUAGACUUCUUGGAGAGUUCCUGUUUUCCUGUCUUAAGAGCAUUGUAUUUGUUGGGAAACAAUUUUGCUACCCUUCCUACAUGCGGACAACUCCAUAAUUUGCUGUGGUUGGAUGUUUCGCAUACCCAACAACUACAAGAGAUCCCCAAGAUGCCAGGGCAAUUGCCUCGUCUAUAUGCAAUUGGUUGCGAAUCUCUGAGUAAAUUCCCCCCUGACACAUUCGAAGUUCAAGGAAUUUCGUCCCAAAACCGAUUGCCGAGUUAUUCUACCUCAAGGAGAGAUGCCAGCAUCUUUGCUCCCUGAUAAAGAGGCAUAUCUUCCUUGACUUCAAAGGACUUGUACAAGAAGUUCGUAAGAUUGGCCUUAUUGUGUUGUAUUCCAAGUAGAAGAAGGAAAAUAAGACAUCAAAUUUAAGCUUUGAAGCACAAGUUAAUGGCAAAACAAUGAUGCAAGACGAUUGCUUUCAGUUCAUUCUAUUUGGAUCAUUUGUGGCUUGAGUAUAUUAUCCAACCACAGGACAUUAUUGGAACUCAAACUAACUUUCCAUCUUGUUUUUCCCUUUCUUCAUGAUUAUGUGUGGUUAUUUAUC